GUUGGAGUUGACUGUACGUUGGUUCCUCUGCAAAAAUGCCAAUUUUUCUCAGUCACAUAGCGUGUUGGGAUGGUGCCUCUACGACGUCGUUUAACCCUUCUCCUGCGUUUCGGGCAUCACUCUUCUUGCCGUCCAACAUACCAGAACUUUUCCCAUCUCUUCCAGACGAUACCGCAGGUUCGAUCUCUCUCGGUCUCUCUCUCCGCCCCGCAUAUAUCUCCAUACACGCACGCACAAUCAAUAUACUACGAGUUAUCGAUUGGUAGCAGCUUAAACUUCCGGUUAGCCAAAUUAUUUAUGUUUAUGGCAAUAGCCGACGAUUGAGCAAGAGCGGAUUAUUCGACAGCAGGAGCAGAAGAUCCAUCAACAGCGAGAUAUGAAAUAGCCAUUGGCGUCCCGUGAAGCUAGUACGUUGGUCAUUGUGAGGUAUUUCAUGAUACAUUAUCAGUAAGUACUAUAUUGGAACAGUUGGAUGGAGCAUCCAAGAUCUACUUCUGGUGCUGGGGAGGAUAAUAAUGGGAUUCCUGAUGAUUUGAGAUGCAAGAGGUCAGAUGGGAAACAAUGGAGAUGCACUGCCAUGUCCAUGCCUGAUAAAACAGUGUGUGAAAAGCACUACAUACAGGCUAAGAAGAGGGCCGCAAAUUCUGCAAUGAGAGCUAGUAUGAAAAAAGCUAAGAAAAAACAUGCAGGUGAAAAUGACAUAUACUUGGAGAGUAAAAGUGAUGAUAUGGAUUUACCACUUAAUAACCAGAAUAUGGGGGAUUUUUCUGGUUCAGUGUCUGGGAAGAAGCAUAAGGAGAAGGCAUCUAAAAAUCCAAGUGGUUAUUUUCCCGAAACAAAUUCAAACAGGGCAUACCACAGUACUGGGAAGACCACUGAUGAUCUUCAAAGAGAUGGUUCACCAUAUGAAGAGAGCUUAAGGUCCUACAUGACACCACCCCCACAUUGUCAGGAAUCUUCCAAAAACAGAUCGCAUAAGGCGUUUGAUUCGGGGCGUAUGACGGAAAAUUCUGAAGGAAGCUCUGAUGCUUCGGAUAACACUGGUGGGCAGCCUUGUCAUCAAUGUCGGCAGAAUAGUCACAGGGUCAUUUGGUGCCUUAAAUGUGAUAGACGAGGAUAUUGUGAAAGAUGCAUAUCGACUUGGUACCCUGACAUCCCAAUGGAAGAAAUUCAGAAGAUUUGCCCUGUUUGCCGCGGUAGUUGUAAUUGCAAAGUGUGUUUACGGGGAGAUAUACUGAUAAAGGCCAGGAUAAAGGAUAUCUCUGCCCAAAAGAAGCUACAGUACCUGUUUUCCCUCUUAUCCGCAGUACUUCCUGUAAUUAAGCACAUACAUCAGGAGCAAUGCUCUGAGGUGGAAAUGGAAAAAAGGCUCCGAGGAAAUGGGAUAGAUCUUGCUAGGAUGAAGUUGAAUUCUGAUGAACAGAUGUGCUGUAACUUCUGCAGAAUACCAAUUAUUGAUUAUCAUCGGCACUGCUCAAAUUGCUCAUAUGAUCUAUGCCUUAGCUGCUGCAAAGAUAUUAGAGAAGCUGCCACGUUUUCCUCCAAGGAAGGUAUCAUAAACCAUAUUACUGGCCAGAUUGAUGGUGGAGAAUUGAUUCUAGAGACAUUGAAAUUAUCCGAUGUCCAAUUAGAAUCCUUUAAAAGGAUUUCUGAUUGGAAAGCUAAUAAUAAUGGCUCUAUACCAUGCCCCCCCAAAAAGUAUGGGGGCUGUGGCUCCUUGACUUUAUCUCUAAAGCGCAUCUUCAAGAUGAACUGGGUGGCAAAACUGGUAAAAAAUGUUGAAGAAAUGGUUGGUGGAUGUAAGUUAUGUGACUCUAGCUAUGUAGAGAAACCUGGCUAUGAAAUAGAUCAUUGCAAGGCUGCACAUAGAGAGGACAAGGAUGAUAAUUAUUUGUACUGUCCAUACUCUGAAGAUAUUAAAAGUGAGGGGAUUGAGAACUUCAGGAAGCAGUGGAGCAGAGGCAAGCCUAUUAUUGUAAAAGAGGUUUUGAAUAUUUCUUCAACAUCAAUUUGGGAUCCCAUGUUCAUAUGGAGGGGGGUGCGGGAGACUACCGAAGAGAUAACAAAAGAUGAAGACAUAACUGUGAAGGCUAUUGACUGUUUGAAUUGGACUGAGAUUGAUAUUCAUCUUCGCGAGUUCAUCAGGGGAUACUCAGAUGGCAGGGUUCGUGAAAAUGGGUUGCCCCAAAUGUUAAAAUUGAAGGAUUGGCCUUCUCCUAGUGCCUCAGAAGAACUUUUGUUGUACCAGAGACCUGAAUUUAUUAGUAAAGUCCCUUUGUUAGAAUUUAUUCACUCCAAGUGGGGCCUUUUGAAUGUUGCUGCAAAACUGCCACAUUAUUCCCUUCAGAACGAUGUCGGUCCUAAGAUCAUUAUCUCUUAUGGAUUGUAUGAAGAGCUUGGAAAAGGUGAUGCAGUGCACAACCUUCGUAUAAACAUGCGUGAUAUUGUGUUUUUAUUGGUACAUACUAAAGAGGUCAUACAGAAAGGUUGGCAGAGGGCUAAAUCAGAGAAGACACCAAACGCUUUUGCCCACUAUGAUGCAAAAGAAGCAUCUGAUGAUCCAAAAAACAACGUGUAUGGAGAUUUGCACACAUCGUCACCUGUUGAACGAGAUAGGCAGGAUGAAAACGAUGCUAAUAUGUUGGUGGACCAGGGUGCUGGAGUUUCUAGCCUUAACGCAAAUAAUAUUGACAGGGAAGACUGCACUUUUGUAAACACUUUAGAGUGUAAACAUCCUGGAGCUCUUUGGGAUGUCUUUCGCCGGGAGGAUGUACCAAAGCUUAUUGAGUAUUUAAGAUGUCAUGAAAAUGAAAUUGGAAAGUCCGUGAGUGGGACAAAUAGUUCUGUUUCAAGUUCUCUUUAUGAUGGGAAGAUAUAUCUGAACAGACAAGAUAAAGAAAAACUUAAAGACAACUUUGGAAUAGAGCCUUGGUCAUUUGAGCAGCAUAUAGGGGAAGCUGUUUUUGUUCCCGCAGGCUGUCCUUUCCAAUUGAGGAAUCUUCAGUCCACUGUUCAGCUGGGCCUCGAUUUUCUCUCUCCAGAAAGUUUAGGGGAAGCAGUGAGAAUGGCUAAAGAAAUCCGGGGCCUUCAUAAUGACCAUGAAUCCAAACUCCAGAUGUUAGAGGUGGAAAAGAUUUCACUAUAUGCAGCAAGUUCUGCCAUUAAAGAAGUUCAGAAAUUGGUCUUGGAUCCAAAAUUUGGCCCAGAGCUUGGAUUUGAGGAUCCUAGUUUAACUGCACCUGUAGCAGAAAACCUUGAGGGAAUGAUGAAGAAAAGGCAGGUUACCUGCGCUUGAAGGGUAUAUGCACGCACACAAUUAUUACAUACGAUAGUAUAAUCUAUAUAUAUGUAUGCAUAUACACGUGUGUGACUGUGUAUAUACACACAGAAUUAUCACACAUAAUCUAUAUAUAUGUAUGCAUAUACACGUGUUGUGUAACUGUGUGUAUAUAUUUGGGGAUGGUUGAAGUCAGAAUUUAUCUAGGAUAAGCACAUCAAAAUCUCUGCUUUUCAAAAUUUUAGUCCAUGGUUUAUGCUUAGGAAAUUGUUAAAUAAACUACAAGAGCUCCAGUUAUAACCAUAGAUUAAAACUAUAGAAGGUUGAGAUUAGAUGUGCUUAUUUAAUAAAUGGUGCUUCUCAUCAGAUGAGUUGUCACUCAACCUUCACUCAACCUUCCCCUAUAUAUAAAAAGAGAGGCGAAGUUGUAUGUAUUAUGUAAGGUAUAUCUAAGUCUAGCUUUGUGUCUUGAGGGAUUGCCCCUUUUUGGGCAUCGUGAUGGUUUGUGCCUUUGUGGUGUAUAGCUCACCCGAAGUUUUCCUUUCCCCUUGUACCAAUUUCUGUAUUUAUUUACAUGAAGAUGUAAGUUAUAGUUGCGUACAUAUCAUUAUAUCAACUGAUGAGAUCAGUUGCAUUUAUAGAUACGUGAAUCCAGAGAUAAGG